AGGCAGAGGCAGAGGAGGAGGAAGAGGGCGAGGCGUAGGCGACGGAGACGGAGGCAUACGGUGCUUCGCUACAGGCAACCACGCACGCUCCCUCAGCUGCCCUACUGGGCAAAGGAGAUGUCCAUCCGUAGAUCCCAUUCGCUUCCAGACUAG